AACCAGACAGAUUAGGGGAUCCGCCUCCUUGCUUGGAAGGAUUUACUGUACAGUACUCCACGCGCAAUCAAUGAGCUACCAUCCAAAGUCUCCUAAACGGCUUUUGCUCCGGAACGGACGUGGCUAAAACUGCGUCCAGCCCCAGCCCCAGCCCGAAGACGGUCCGGCGAGGGAGCAAGGAAAGGGCGUGUUGAGCCUCGGAUUGACCUCCGGCUGAUCGGAGCUCCGUAGCGGACCAACAUGGCAGUUCUUCUGAGGAGCCUUCUGGCUGCCUCAGAGAAAGCCGCCCGCAUUGCCCAGCUAUGUCGCCAAGAGGAGGCCCUCUUCAGCCUGCUCAUCGAGGAGAAAAGAGGUGUGGACAAGAAUAAGAAGUUCUUACAGGACUUCAAGACUUUGGCUGACGUGCUGAUCCAAGAAGUCAUCAAGCAUGACGUGGGAAAAGAGUUUCCAGAACUACAAGAUCACAUUUGUGGUGAGGAGUCCAACAAAUUUGAAAAUGGACUUGGGGAGAUUGUGGUGGUGCGGGUUUGCCCCACCCAGCAGGAAACUGCUGCCCUGCUGCAGAAAGUCCUGGAUCGGAAACAGACGGCAGCUGAGUUGUUGGCAGCCGCUGUUCAUCAGGAAGUGGUGCUUUCGGACCCAGCAUUGGACAAUGUGGCUGUGACUAUCUCAACAGAGAGCCUGGCCGUAUGGAUCGACCCCAUCGAUUCCACUAAUCAGUACAUCCGUGGGUGUAGCAGUGUGGUGCCUGUGGAUGGCAUCUACCCAUCUGGACUUCACUCAGCACUUGUGCUGAUAGGAGUAUACAACCGUCACUCGGGUGAGCCUGUCCUUGGCAUCAUCAAUGAACCCUUCUUCCGGGAGGAGCUGCAUUAUAACAGCUGCAGAUGGCAGAGCAAAUACCACUGGGGCAUUUCCUACGGAGGCACCAACCUAAGCUCGCUGAGCCCACCCCAGCAGCGGCCUUCCCCCCGUGGGGUGUUGAGCAGCAACGAGACAGUGGCGCUGCAGGAAGCGCUGGCCCCUCUAUACGGUGAGCGGCUCUGCUUUGCGUCCGGCGCUGGCUACAAGAUGCUCUGCGUCGCCCUGGGCCUUGCUGACGCUUACGUGCUUUCGGAAGGCAGUACCUUCAAGUGGGACUCGUGCGGCCCCCAUGCCCUUCUGCGAGCCCUCGGUGGAGGCAUCGUGGAUCUUUCAGCGGCCCUGCAGGCUUGGCGUGCCGGGCAACGCAAGCGGUUGCCCGAACUGACCUAUAACAAGCCCGUCGAGGACUCCGUGGGUGCUGAGCGCUGGGCAAAUCAAGGAGGGCUCGUAGCCUACAUUUGCCACAAACAUCUGGAGGCUGUGAUGGCCACACUGGCAAAUGCAGCAGACAUUUUCUAACACACAGCCCCAUCAGUGCAAUUUGGUGGGAGGCCUGCCUGUGCAUGAGGGGCAGGAAGGCAGUCUCUCAGUGACUCUAAUAUUUUAAUGGACCAAUCAGAUAUUGAUGGUGGCAAUAUGCCAACCUGGGAUAGGGGUGGUACAGACGUCAUGCCUUUGACCUGCUUUUCCUCGCUGGCUGCAUCAAUAAAAACUCUUCUUCCCAUGCAGGGCAGGCACUAGGGCAAGUAUUUCUUAAAUUGUUCCCCUUCUGUUCUUGGUGUGUCAUUUCUCUUGCGUGGGUAAUAUGUAUCAUAGAUAACACAGCAAACGUGCACUGGGACCUUUAAAUAAUCUCUGUUUAGGUGCCCCUCGUGUUCGGCAUAGGGUGCCGCACAGGAUUUCUUGCUGCUGCUUCCUGGACAGGCACAAUUUCUGCAAUGCUUGUGAUGCACAGACUGGAUUAAGUAGCAGCAAAGCAAAUGUAGCUUGAGCUAUGAGGGACUAUGGGAUUUAUGGUCCUGCUUCAUGUUAGGAAGCAAGUUUAAUCAGUCUUUGGAUCCCUUGUAACACUGUGAGGAGCAUCGACAGCUAGCAUUAUUUAACCUAAAGGCAUUUUCUCUCAGAGGAAACUCUGAGAACUUCAGUUCUCUGGAAGGGGACCUGGGCUGGAAUCUCUAAUAGAGAGGCUUUGGGGAAGGCGUCAUGGCAUGUGAAUAUAUAUAAAAUUGCUAUAUAAUGCGAAUAUAUACUGCAAUUUGGGAAAUUUUCUCCCAUGCCACUAUCCUAUGAAUUUAUGAUUUAUCUUUGGCAAUCUGAUAUGGUGGAAAUUCUUGCAAAUUAAUCAAAGCAGUUUCCUGAGGAUCUGUAUUGUUUUAUUUUUAAAGCAUGUUUAUUUAAAAAUGUAUACUCUGCAAGUGACAAAAGAAACAUUAAGAAUUCAUUCAGGGAGGAAGGGAAGAAGGCAUGGACAGUAUUCAGCCAAACAUUUCUUUAUUGCCAUCCAUACUUCCUAGGCAUCUAAUUAAUCAUUAUAAACAAAAAUCAUAAACUGUUAAAUUUAGGUACCGGGACUAGAUUCAUUAAAUGAAAGCUGAAUCAAAUUACAGGUUUAAUUUAGAUACAGAUACAGAUUUAGAUUUAAAAAUGGACUAGAAAUCAUCACUGCAAAGUACUAAUUUUGUAAAGUAUAUGUUUACUUUUUAUAAAGGCCUUGCAGUGUUUUUUUUAACAGUAGAGUAUAUCUAAGAUCAAAAUUGUACAAAGCCUUCUCAGUUCUUUUUUUCAGACAUUGUAUCUGGACUAUUAAAUAAGAUAAUAUUAUAAUAAACAAUAUAUUUGAAAGCAUUAAGUGCUAGUUUAUCUUCUGUCAUGGUAAUUAAUUUAAAAUAAAUUGGUCAUGUUAGGAUAGCCAUUAUUGCAAAGGCCUUGGCAGAAUACUCCUUUAGCUGAGCUGCUUGCUCAGUAAUUAUAUGCUAGUGGAGUAGCUGAAACGUGGUAGCAUUAAUAAGCAGUACGUAACCCCAAGUUAAAGAGCGCACUUGUGCUAGAUGUCCUCCAGACCACAGUCAUGCCUGCCCUCAUCAAUGCACCCUUAUGACUAGAUUCAAGUAUGACUUAAGCACCACACAUGCCUUGGUUUAACCAUGGUUUGUCCAAGCCCCAGUUCAUUGGGUUUGCGCAACAUGAGACACCAUUAUCAGGUGUUUUAACCCAGAAUAGCUGGGUUCACACAACAUACUAAGUCAGAGUCAAAGGUAAAAAAGGGCAGCUGAUUAUAUCCAGUCCAUCACCAAAGCAAUACAAGAAGAUAGAAAACAAAAAAGAUUCCUGAAAGACGUGAUUGUUCAUAAACAACAGUAUCAUGAUACUGGGAAUUAGGUUUUCAGUCACACAGAGGCUGAAUACAAGAAGCACCAUUUUUAGAAACUCUAGAUUCCCGACAUUGUCCUUACUGUAAGUAGGGAAAGUUGCAUAUGACACAGAUAUGGCUAAGACUGAUAACCUAGUUUACACAUCCUCUGUUGGCUGAAAAACAUUAUGUGAUUGAUUAAAGCCGUGAUGGGUGGUGGAAAUCAGUACCUAUGGCCCAUCUGGUGAUAACCAAGCCAUAUAGAAGACUGAGAUUUGAAAGAAGAGUAGGUAGAAAAAAGCAUGAAAUGAAUGAAUGAAAGAAAGAAAGAAAAGAAAGAAAGAAAGAAAGAAAGAAAGAAAGAAAGAAAGAAAGAAAGAAAGAAAGAAAAAUAGAUAUGUAUAUUAUGUAUCUGUGAAACUAUGAGAAAGGGGAAGGAUGUAAUAGACCUGCAUGAAGAAGCCUGAUCUUGUGGAAUGCAGUUGAGGACAUGCAGGGAUGCGAAGGGUUAGAUUUAAAUAUGAAUGAAAUUUGUAUCAGAAAAUAUUAGCUGGUGCUGCUGUGAGUGCAUAUGAAAGUAGAAAUGCAUAGAUCAGCAGCUGGCGAUAGCUACAUCUUAUGUUUCAGUGAAUGGUGAUAAUGAAAGAACUGGAAAUGAGUUUGGGGAAAAACUGUCCAACAUUCUGCAUGAACGUGAUCCCAGGGAGAAUUUAUUCUGCUAGGUGACAUGGGUAGAUGGGUGGAACAAGAUGAUAGACCUCAGAAAAAGUAAUUCAGCCAUUUGGAAGCCCAAGAGUACGUGAGAACAGUGACUCUCUGGGGAAUAUCUGCUUAGUAAAAGGUCUGUUUGUUUUGACUAAGCAUAAGUCCAUUCAUCCAUACACAUGGAAAAGGAGUUAAUCAAAAAGCAGGAUUCUUUGUGAUGAAAGAGUUAGAGAAUUAGUGAGGAUACAAGGACGAUGAGAUGUUCUGAAUGUGGGAACAGACCAUUAGUUGGGAGUGUCAAGAAUGGAUCUUGGGGAAAAUGGACAUGGAAGAAAAGAAAAGUGAAAGAAAUGAGAGUGAAAGAAUACUAUAAGAAGCAAAAGUACAAAUCAUGUAUGAAAAAGUAUUAGCUUAAUCUCUCAGUACAUAGAAAGUAGACAAAAAGGAAAGAGGUUGUGAAAACUGCUUGGGUCAGAGCAUGACAAUCUGCUAUGAGGAAAUAUGGAAAGGAAAUGUUCAGUAGAGUGAUGAAGUGAAAGAGGCUGUGGAUGUGAAAAAAUGCAUCAAUUGUAAUGGAAUGACUGCUGCAAAAAUGAGAAUGAAAGAAAGAUAUUGUAUACUGUGUAUAGAGCUAGAAAGAUAGUUGCAAGGAUGCAGUCAGCAAGAAGAAAGAAUGUUAAGAUCAAAAGAAGCGAAUGUAGAGCCAUUUUGAUGUAAAUGUAAAGGGUGCUAAAGAAGAAGCCUCCAACAGAGGGACAGGAAUUAAAAAUAAAAGUGAUGGAAUGAGUUAGGAUGAAAGUGAAAUAAGAGAAUGCUGGAAUAACUUAGAGUUUGUAUGGAAAUAUUAAUGAUGUGACAAGGAAAUGGAAAUAAAUGCAAAAAAUGUUUGUGUCCCAGGAAGAAUUGAUGCAGAAAUAAUGGUGAGACUGCAGGUAUGAGAGGCAGUUCUCGCAGAGUGAAAGAGCAACCGUCUCACAUCCCGACUCAGUAUUGCAUAAACGAGAGACAGACGGAAACUGGGCCUCCUGCUCAAAAGGAGGCGCAGUACAUACAAUAUGUAAAUGUUGGGGCUGGUUUUGAAAAAAGCAAUUGCCAAAAUUCUUCCGUAAUGACAUCACUGUUUCUUGUACAAUAAACUAAUUUGACUGCAGUUCAUGAAACCUAGUCUCCUUAUUUAAUUGAUUCCUGCGUGCCUGCCAGGUGAAGUCUGGCAGAAGAGCAGACCAUGUCAUUGAAGAAAUGUCAAAGUAUGGGUAUAAUUUACUUAUGGAAAGGCUGUAUGACAUUGUGAAGUUUACAUCCAUGCCUGAGGAUUGGAAAAGAAUAUACUGUAGUUGCCGUUCUCCUCCACAAAGGGCAAGCUAAUAAUAAGAGUGAAAGCAAAAACUACAGAUGGGUUAGUUUGUCUAGUGCCCUAGGAAGCUGUGUGGCAGAAUUCGAAUGGAGUGCAUAGCAGAGGCUACAAUGAGCAAAAUUUACAAAGUACAUUGGGACUUUAUGCUGUGCAAGGGGUAUGUACACCAGUUUUGCUUUUCAGCAGGUCACUGAGAAAUGUAUGAACGUGAGAAAGGGAGCUUAUGAUACAGAGAAAUUA